CUCUCUCUCUCUCUCUCUCUCUCCGAGUCUGCGGCGGUAACAAAGGAAGCAAAACUGCUCUCUGUCUCUUCUGAAGCCAUAUAAGCAAGACUGCGUUUAGUUUGAGUCAUGGGCAAGCCUGGUUCACGGCAAGACUUGUCGACCAAAGCCGACCGCAAAUUCGAAAAGAAGCUCGAUUUCUAUGCCAAGGUUAGAGAUACAGUUUCUACCUUGAGUACCCAGAAAACUAUCGUUAAGAAGAAGAAACUCCGUAGCCGACAGAAGAAACUGAAAGCGUAUGAUCUCUCUGCCCUAACAGAGUUCCUGCCAGAGUUGAAGGGUGAACAGAAACCAACUCCUCCAUCAGAUUUCAAGCGAAAUUGUAAAUCUAUGCGAAAGCUAAUAUUGAAGGAAGGAAAGCAGUUGACUACAGUUCUUAAUCAUCCCGCCUUCCAGUCGGAUGCCUUAGCUGCCAUUCAUCAACACUUAGAGAGGACACAGCCAGUGAGAGAGGAGGAAAAACCAGAGAAAAGGAAAAACAAAUGUGGAAGCAAGAAGAGGAAAGGUGGAAGCAAGAAGAAAGGGAUGAAAUCUGAAGGUCCAUCUGUACCCCAAUCUAUGGAUAUGUGAGUCGAUAGAUAUGUGGGUUCUUGUCUGUCUACCUUGAUGACUCAAUUUUGUUCAUCCCAUGUCUUGAAUGUUAUAAUGCAACAAUUUUGAAUGUUCAACUUUUGUUGGUCUCACUAGAACUUGUCACCAGUUCUAUUCAGUCCCUUUUCAUGCAAUUCUUUUGGUCUGCCGGUGCUUAACUUGUCACUUUACUGACUUGUAAGAAAUGGAAAGUGAAAAGAAAACUAGGUUGAAAACCUAUUUAUUUGAA